GCGCGGGAGGGGGCCAGGGCCGCUGCCGAGGCUGCUCUCCAGAAGAUGGGGACAGGCACAGUGCCCCCGAGCUGCCCCGUGUGCCCAGGCACAGCCCACGGAGGGCUGAGUGGGGCAGCGGAGCGGGACCCUGAGAGUUGCCCCAUCCCUGAAAGCACCAAGGAGGAGUCCCUGGCCGAGCGGUGGGGGUGCAGGACACGUCCCGGCAGCAGAACCCGGGCCAGGAGGACCCCAGGCGUGUGCCCGCUGCUGCUGGGCUGAGUGGCCGUGUGGCACGUCCCCUGCCACCCCCGUGGAGGCCAGGGAAAGGAGGACAGAAGGAGCCGUGCCAGGAGAGGCAGUGGUGACUGCAGCCUGUGCCCGAGGAACGGGGGUCGGGGACCCAAGGUGCACGACCCCAGCUGCCCACUGGCCUGGGCCGACUGUGCCAGCACAGCACAGCUCUGGGGAGGGCACAGGAGCAUACGGGAGAUGGUGGCCGCCAUGGCAGGACAGCAGGCGCAGAGCAGCCCCGCGGGGCCCCUUUCCUCCCCCUUCCUCUCGAGGCACAGCUCAGAGCAAGAGCCAGAGGGGUAAAAAUAGUGCAGCAGCAACCGCUCACCCCGGGCCCCGACGGGGAGAGGCCGAGCUCAGCUCACCACAGCAGCUCCAGCACCCGCACACCCCAAAAUAGCCAGGGCCGGGGUCACAGCCACCCCUCUCCCACAGCGAGACUCCUUCCUGGCUCCUCCUGCGUCCUUUGAGGCAGCUUCGCCUUCGUCCGCUUCCAGCAGCACCUCGGCACUGGAACGGGGGCGCUGUGGGGGCUCCCCAGGACUCCCCUUUUUGGGCUUGGACCCGCAGCUAGAGGUGGGGGGACGCCUGUAGCCGAGACCCGAGGGACUCGCUCACCGCUUCGCCCUCCUCGCCGGAGCCCGGCGGCUCCCUCCUCCCUUCGCUCCUUCCUCUCCAUCACCCAUCCGCCAGCGCUCAUCACCAUUGCGGGGGGAAGAGGCUGCAGCCCGGGGCCGGGAGCAGCCGUUGGGGGUCACCUCAGCGGCACCCCCAAGCCCUCCCGGGGAGCAGCAGGGCGGGGACCGGGGGCUCCAAACCGCCGCCGGGCGCUGCCCGCAGCCCCGCACCUCUUCCCCGAGCACCCCCUCACCGUCAUGCUUUUUUCCUCUUGUUUCUUCUCUUGCAGGUUUCACAUGGGGAACCUUCUUAAAGUGUUGACUUAUAACGAACUUGACCAAGGCCCUAAUUUUUUCCUUGACUUUGAAAAUGCGCAGCCGACGGAGGCCGAGACGGCAGUGUGGAACCAGGUGAACGCUGUGCUGGAGGAGGCGCAGGCGGUGCUGGCCGAGCUGCAGUCGUACACGGGCGCCGGGCAGGAGAUCCGAGAGGCCAUCCAGAACCCUGGGGAUCUGCGGCUGCAGGAGAGGGCCUGGGGCGCUGUGUGCCCGCUGGUCGCCAAGCUGAAGCGUUUCUAUGAGUUCUCCCUGCGGCUGGAGAAUGCCCUGCGGAGCUUGCUGGAGGCCCUCACCAGCCCCCCAUACGCCCCAACCCAGCACCUCGAGCGGGAGCAAGCCUUGGCCAAGCAGUUCGCUGAGAUUCUCCACUUCACCCUCAGCUUCGAUGAGCUCAAGAUGACCAACCCUGCCAUCCAGAACGACUUCAGCUACUACAGGAGGACCAUCAGCCGAAACCGCAUUAACAACCUGCAGCUGGAUGCGGAGAGCGAGGUGAACAAUGAGAUGGCCAACAGGAUGUCCCUCUUCUAUGCCGAGGCCACCCCCAUGCUCAAAACACUCAGCAAUGCCACCACCAAGUUUGUUUCAGAGAACAAGACCCUCCCGAUCGAGGACACAACCGACUGCCUGAGCACCAUGGCCUGCGUCUGCAGGGUGAUGCUGGAGACCCCGGAGUACCGGAGCCGCUUCACCAACACCGAGACCCUCCUGUUCUGCAUGCGGGUGAUGGUUGGCGUCAUCAUCCUCUACGACCACGUCCACCCCGUGGGAGCCUUUGCCAAGACCUCCAAGAUCGAUAUGAAAGGCUGCAUCAAAGUGCUGAAGGAUCAACCCUCGACCAGCACCGAGGGGCUGCUGAACGCUCUGAGGUACACCACUCGGCACCUCAACGACGACACCACCUCCAAACAGAUCCGGGCCCUGCUGCAGUGAGCGGGGGGGUGGCACCGUCCCCAGCUCCGCCCAGCACCGCACUGCUCCCCGGGGCCAGGGGGAAAGGGACCAGAAGAAAUACACAGAAAUACGAAAAUAAUCACGAAAACGGCCCCGGGCCACCCCCAGGGCACUCCUGCCCCACCCCCACCCCUCCUCCCACCCCCUCCUAAUCAACGCUCACUCACCGGACACGAGGUGUGAGUGGCACCUUGGGGACAUCCACGCUGGGGGAGGGGGGUGCUGGGGCCAGGCAGGAUGGACCCGGGCAGGGACGUGCCUGUAGGGCUGGUGGCAGUCAGUGCCCAUGGCAUGGGAGGGCACCUUGGGGAGGGAGGAAAGGGGCAGGUGUCAGCCCUGUCCUCAUCCUUGUCCCCGAGCAUCUGGCUGCAGAGGAAGAGGAGGAGGAAGAGCAGAGAUGCCUGCAGGUGUGGGCAGGGGCUCAGCAAGGCUCCACUCACCUCCUCUUUUCUACAGCCUCUCUUUGGGUGUGCAAUAAAAUGACAUUUAAUGGU